GCCGGAGGGGGAAUUCAGACAGAUGUGAAAUAACGGCGCAGACAUUCGAUGCCUAAUUUGGUUUCGCUGGGCGGGGAGCUGCUCCUGCGAGCUGCUAGUAAAUCCAGUCAGGGAGCGGAGGGAGUUGCAAUCCACGAUUCUCCGCCGCUGUGGACAUCCCCGGAGGACAGAGAACAGCAGCGGGCGAGCACGCAAGUUCUUUCUGUCUGAGUAGCUGAUGAUAAAAGUCUGAGGAAGUGAUUCCCAAAAGGAAAUAAAGAAUCAUAUCUCAAAGGAACCUUUUUAGCUUCUCUCAUCACCCACUACCACUCUCAUCAUGGCUAUAGUCCUCCAAUCCAGCCCUCUCCUAUGGACACGGUUGGCAGCCAUGAUCUUCUCCUGUGUGGCCUUCUCCGUGGCCGUGCAUGGCGGCAAUCUCCAUCACGGCACCGGAGACUGGUGCAUCUUCUGCUGGGCCUUCAGCUUCGCCGGGACUCUGCUCGUCAUCCUGGUGGAGCUGUUUGGCCUUCAGACCAGAGCCCCUGUCUCCUGGAAGAACUUCCCCAUCACAUUCGCCUGCUACGCCGCCCUGCUCUGCCUGUCUGCCUCCAUCAUCUUCCCCCUCAACUUCCUCAAGGGAUCCUCAGGGGGGAGUGAGGUCCACAACUACCGCAUCGUGUCCACCGUCUUCUCCUGCCUGGCCACCAUCGCCUACAUAAGCGAGGUGAGCAUCAGCAAGGCGCGUCCAGGCGAGGUGGCCGGCUACAUGGCCACAGCCCCUGGCCUGCUGAAAGUCUGUGAAACCUUUGUGGCCUGUGUCAUUUUUGUGUUCAUCACUGACCCCGUGGUGUAUGACCGUAACGAUGCACUCAAGUACUGCAUGUCGGUCUACUGCAUCUGCUUCAUCCUGUCGGCGGCCAUCAUCCUGCUCUGCAUAGGUGAGUGCACCGGCUGCCUCCCCUUCCCGUUCGCCCGCUUCCUGUCUGCCUACGCCCUGCUGGCCGUGGCCCUCUAUCUGUCAGCGACCAUCGUCUGGCCCAUCUUCAACUUUGACCCCAAACACGGCGGAAGGAAAGACAGGCCAUCCUCUUGCACAGGCGGCAUGGGGCUGUGUGGGUGGGAUAAGCUCGUAGCGGUGGCUGUGCUCACUGCUCUCAACUUUGUCCUCUACCUGGCCGACCUGAUCUACUCCACCCGCCUGGUGUUUGUCAGUGCUUGAUGGAAGACAAAGGAUGUUAGGCCAGCAGUAUGCUCCAAAUAAAAAUUGAAUUUGUCAUGUUUUUAAAGACUGUCAAACUGCUGUCAAAUACGUUGUUGUGAGCAAAUGCGAGUGUACUCACUGGGUCUGUUUGUUUAAUGGUGUCCACACCAGCGAGAGGAGCUUCUGGGUCACGAUGGGAACAGACCGUGGAGUUAUACCACAACUGGUUUAGUUUAUUGAAGUACUCCAUUUGAAAUUUGCUUUGAAAAUAAAAGGAUUUGAUUUUGCUAUAGUUCUGGUAGAACAAAACAGUAGGAGAACAAGAAGUGGCCCACAGUACUUGUGUAAUGAUUGACUGAGGGUGUAUCAGAUGAAGAUGUAUUAGAGGCAGUGAACAGGUCUUUUCAAAGAAACUGACAAGUUCAUCUAGCCAACCUGCAUCCUCAGACCCAACUCUUUUGCUUUUUUGGCCCCAAAACUCACUUGCAAACCUGCCAAAUUUGAUUUUUUUUUUGUGAAGCAUACUGCCAGCCUUAGGAUCUUAGGAGAGGGGGAAGGGAAAGAGAAGAGGAGGAGGUUGAGGUCAAUGGCUAUGUUUACACGUACAAUAUUCCCUUACAUUACUGACGCUUUCUGUUCAUGUGUUGGAUCAUGUAAAUGUCAACCACUGCUUCCAGUGACCUGAAUAGACUCUUAUCUUGAUUAUGAGAGGCCUGAGUGUGAUUGCUAGGACAUGUUGAUAUUACCCAAGAUAUUAAAACGCCUUUUUAACCAUUAUAAUGGCAGAGCAUGGCCCAUUAUAAUACUUAAAAUACACAAUUAUUUCAUACACACAGGGAUGCUUGUGAUGUCUAGAUAUGAGUAAGCUAUCAACAGAAUCUCCCAAACGAGACUCUUACAAGAAUACAAGCUAACACCCAAAAUCCUGUUGUAUGUGCAUGUAAACAUAGUCUGUGAUUGCAAAUGAUGAAAAACCAAAGUAAAUGGCGGCUUAUUAUUGUCUUUUUGUUUGAUUUUCUUUGCAUAAUGUAUAUGUCAAUGCUCUUGCCUUACGUUUGUGUUAAAUUUGAUUUCAGUAAUAAAAAGACUGUCAAGCAGUGUUUCUGUAUUUAACUGCUAGAGGACGAAACGUAGAAAAAAAAUUGAAUACCAGCUGUACGGAGCCAAGAAAAUAUUCAAAUGCCGUACGAUUGGAAAUCCAAGAUUUCAAAGACAGUUCACUUUUCGCUGUGUUUUUUGAUGGUUUCUUUAAAGUGAUUGAUUGUUUCGGUUUCCCAGCAGUACGCAGUGCAGCUGUUCGGGUUGUAUCCUUCAUCAGUACUUUUUACACGGCUCCAAUGUUUGACCCCCUUGACUUGAUGUAGUGCAAAAAUAGUUUACAUGUUAAGAUGAUUGCUAAGCUAGCUUUUUGCUCCUUUUAUAAGAUAUUUGUAUCUGUAUCUGCAAGCUACAAUCAUAUGGCAAGAAUAUAAAUGUGGAAAGAACAUAUGCAAGAUUGUGGAUUUAAAAAACAAGUAUGGUUAAAGUGCACUUAAUAGUAGUAUUUUCUUGGUGUUUAAUGUCCCGGUGUCUCCAAAUAUCAUAGCAUCUAUUAACACCAAACUCACACCACUAAAUUCACACACAUUCAUGAUUGGGUCUAUUGGUUUAGUACUGCUGUAAAAACACUCAGAGAGACCAAAGUAGAUCCUCUCUAUAUCUAGAUGUUUUUAUAUUCUCAAACCUUUUUAUAUUUCACUGUUCAUGUUUCAAGUGUGCUUGCCACAUCAGUGUUGUAAGGAAAGAUAACCCAGGGUUUCAAUAAAACCACAUGGUAUACAGAU